UGGAAUGCAUGGUUAAAACCUUUAGAUGCUACUACUGUUUAUUGCAGUUAACAGUUUGAACAAUACAAUUCAUUUUAGUUUAGUUCAGUGAUCACAGUGGAAGUAUUGGAGUUACAGCUGCUGUAAGGGUGGCGCUCCGGUCAUGGCAUCCCUGUCGGAGGAGGUGCUUCUAGUGGUAAAGAGGGUUCGGCAGAAAAAGCAGGAUGGUACACUUUAUCUGAUGACUGAGCGCAUUGCCUGGGGCCCAGAAGGAAAGGAUCGCUUCAGUGUCAGUCACUCAUAUGCCGACAUCCGUUGUCAGAAGAUUAGUCCUGAUGGCAAAGCAAAAAUUCAGCUUCAGUUGGUACUACACACAGGAGAGAGCACCACCUUCCACUUUGCUAAUGAAAGCACAGCUGUAAAGGACCGAGAUGCUGCCAAGGACCUUUUGCAGCAACUCCUGCCCAAGUUCAAAAAGAAAGCUAACAAAGAACUAGAGGAGAAAAACAGGAUGCUGCAGGAGGAUCCUGUGCUGUUCCAGCUUUAUAAAGACCUGGUAGUAAGUCAGGUUAUCAGUGCAGAUGAAUUCUGGGCUAAUCGGCUGAACAUGAACUCUGUAGAUCACUCCAUUUCCAACAACAGCAAGCAGGAAGUGGGAAUAUCAGCAGCUUUCCUGGCAGACAUCAGACCUCAGACUGAUGGCUGUAAUGGCCUAAGAUACAACCUGACCUCUGACAUCAUUGAAUCAAUCUUUAGAACAUACCCAGCAGUAAAACAGAAGUAUGCUGAAAAUGUGCCUCACAGCAUGACCGAAAAAGAGUUCUGGACCCGCUUCUUCCAGUCACAUUACUUCCACAGAGAUCGCAUCAACACUGGCCAGCAGGAUAUCUUUUCUGAGUGUGCCAAGCAGGAUGAAAAGGGUUUAAAGUCCUUGGUUGUUCAAGGUGUAAAGAACCCCAUGGUGGACCUGCAAUCCCUGGAGGAUAAAACAUUAGAUGAGGGCUAUGGCUCGCUAACAGCUCCCUCUACAUCCAACUCCAAUAAAACAGUAAAGGAGAACAGCAACUCUGCCAUCAUCAAACGCUUCAACCAUCACAGUGCCAUGGUGCUAGCAGCAGGUCUACGCAAAGUGGAUGCUCUCAGUGACCAGGCCAGUGAGACUGAUGGAAAUUCUAGAGACUCUGACUGCUUCCAGCCCCCAAUAAAAAAGGUUAAAUUACAAGAAGCUAUAGUGUUUGAGGACUUGGAGAAUGAAUCUGGGCCUAAAACAAUAGCUUUAAAUCUUAAGAAAUCUGACAGGUAUUCCCAUGGUCCAGUUCCCUUGCAGUCUCAUCACUACUCAACAAGUCAAGACAUUAUUAACUCAAUUAACUGCAUCCAGGAAGAACUGAGCUGCUAUAAACCCUGCCUUACACAGGUCAUGUCCAGCAGUGCAGCUAGUUCAGCCAUCACAGCCCUUUCCCCUGGAGGAGUAUUAAUGCAAUCUGGAGGUCAACACACUGUUAGUCAGCUGGUACCCACAGAUGUUCAAAAUGAACUAAAGCACUUAUACAUAGCAGCAGGGGAGCUGUUACGACAUUUUUGGUCCUGUUUUCCCAUCAACACACCCUUCCUGGAGGAGAAGGUGGUUAAGAUGCAGUCCAAUCUGGAAAAAUUCCAGUUAACUAAGCUUCGCCCAUUUCAAGAAAAGGUCCAGCGAGAGUAUCUAGGCACCAAUCUUACUGGUCAUCUGGAAGAAAUGAUCCAGGCUGCCUAUAACAAGCUGCAUGCGUGGCAGACACGCCGCACAAUAAGGAAAACCUGAAAGAAGAGAGAAUGAGCCAUUCGAUUUACAAGAGGAUGAUAAAAAUAAAGAGGGAACUUGUUUUCCUUUUGAACCAGCUAGACUGCUUCACCCAGAGUUGCAAGCAUUCGUGGGAGAAGACCUCUGUACCAAGAGAUACAGGACAUGUGGAGACGGGCUGUCCCCACAAUAACUUUACAUUCAUCCCCUUUUGUAUUAUUUUGUCUUGUACUUUGUUCUGCUCUUUUCUCUCCUUCACUUUCAGGAAGAAAUCAGAUGGAGAUCAGACAGUGUUAAAUUUUAUGACCAAACGGUUGGCUUAAUGCCAGAGGAAGUAUUCUCAGGAACGUAAAAUGUCUAAUGCAUAUUGUCUGUGAUAAUGGGGGUGUCUUUAGAGGUUCACAGCACAUGACUACAUGAUAAAAAAGGACAUUUUAAACCUUAAACCAUGUCAGUGCAAUGCAGUAUUGCUCUGUACAGGCUUAAUGGUUGACUGGAAACCCCUAAGCUCGUAGCAGAGCAGGAAUAAAAAUAAAGCAAUACUGUAAAAAUACUGUUUCUGUUGUGCAUUUCAAAUGUGCAGCCAGCUGCACUACUUUCUAUGUGUAUUCUAACUGCACUGAAGAAAAAGUUUGGUAUGGUGGGGAUAGUAAAAAUAAUAAAAUUUCCAAACUA